AUGGCCUCGCCGAGAUGCUUCUUCCUAGACCUACCUUGCGAAAUUCGUCUCGACAUCUACGCCCUUCUCCUUCUCAUCCACCCUCCCCUAGAUAGAGUCGGCCCGUCCUCGCCGCAAGCACGGCUCCAUCCCGCAAUCCUUUCCACAAACCGGCAAAUCCAUACAGAGGGGACGCCCAUUCUCUACGGCAGCAAUAUAUUCCUCGCGCACACCAAACUUCUGGCCUCCUUUCCGCGUCUACGGCCAUGGUACUCGCCCGUCCGGGAGCGCUCCGUGCUCCCCCGCAUCCGCCGCUUCCACAUCCGGCUGCGGCUAGACUGCGACCUGGCGUUUGAUGCCGCGGCCGCGACGGCAGCAUUCAACGGCGUGGAUGAGCUCGUCGUCGAGGUGUGGCAGGCCGCCUUCCAGAGUGCGGACCAUGGUGCGCUGCGGGUGUUUGAGGAGGUCCGGGCAGUCAAGACUGUCAGGGUCUAUGGCAGCAUCACAGGGUUUGAGGACUAUGUGGACUGGCUUGAGGGUGUGAUGCGCCGCGGCGGUGAAAUCGAGGGCAGCAAAGACAUCAGUCUUGUCGGGACGAUGUCAUCUCAAAGUCGAAUCCCGUGA